AUCUUCCCUGCCAUGGAUCCGUUCGUCUCCAAGCUUCGAGCCCGAAUGAACGAGGCUCCAGCGUCGGACAGACGACCUCACAGUGAUGUCAGUCCGCGAGGCCCGGCGACGGGCGACCUCAAAUAUAUCGGAGUGACCGUCGGUCGCCCAGCCUUGCGUGUGCAAUCUCAGCUGUUCUCUUCACUCAUCCGGUAUCGGUAUCACAGUGUCAACGCCCAAUUAUCCGACAGUGAUGGCUGCAACCCAGGCUGCCAACUUGGUGGAGAAGGCCAUCGGACACGGCGACAACGCGACGGUCACGACGGAUGUGAGCAACUAUGCGGGCGAGCACGGCCAGGAGACGGGGGAGAAGAUCAAGGCGACCAUCUGGCAGGGGAAGAACCAGGUGGAGGUGGUGGAAAUGGCCAAGCCCAGGGUGAUCGACGAGGACGACGUGCUGGUCAAGGUGACGGGCAGUACGAUCUGUGGCAGUGAUCUCCAUCUGUAUCACGGCGUCAUCCCCCAGCUGGAGAAAGGCGACGUGCUGGGCCAUGAAUUCUGCGGGGUGGUGGAGAGCGUGGGACCGGGCGCGAAGAAGGUGACGGUCGGGGAUCGCGUGGUGGCCUCUUUCCCCAUUGCCUGCGGCGACUGUCGCAACUGCCGCCGCCAACUGACCUCGCAGUGCGACCGCACCAACCAGAACUCCAUCGCCAACGCCCUGUACGGCAACCGCACCGCCGGCAUGUUCGGCUACAGCCACUUCACUGGCGGCUUUGCCGGCGGCCAGGCCGAGUACGUGCGCGUGCCCUACGGCGACGUCAACCUGCUGCCGCUCCCCGACGACGUCCCCGACGAGAAGGCCCUCUAUCUCUCCGACGUCCUGGCCACCUCCUACCACUGCGUCGUCGACACCGGCGUCCAGAAGGGCGACGUCGUCGCGGUCUGGGGCGCGGGACCCAUCGGGCAGAUGGUGUCCAGCUUUAGUUUCGCCGAGGGCGCCAGUCGGGUCAUUCUCAUCGACGGGGGGGAGGGUGCAUGGCGGUUGGAUUUCGUCAAGAGCAAGAUCCCCAAGCUGGAGGUACUCGACUUCACGAACCUGCCCCGAGGCGAAUCCAUCACCUCGCAGCUGAAGAAGAUCGUCCCCGGGGGUCCUGAUGUCGCGCUGGAUUGUACCUCCGGGGAAUACGCCAAAGGAUGGGCGCACUACUUCGAACUGCUGCUGGGGAUGGAGACUGACACGUCCGAGAUGCUGAACGAGAUGAUCACGGCGGUGAGACCGUUUGGUCGCGUUGGGAUCACCGGCAUCUAUGCUGGAUACACGAAUCACUUCAAUAUCGGUGCGAUCAUGCAGACCGGCAUUCGGCUCAUCGGGAAUGGCCAGGCCCCCGUCCACAAGUACUGGAAGCAUCUACUGGAGCUGAUCCAGAAGGGGGAGAUCGAGCCCCUGGAUAUGGUUACGCAUCGGGUGCGCCUGGAGGAUAUGGAUAGGCUCUACGAGCUGUUUGCCCACCGCGAAGGCGGCAUCCAGAAGGUCUUCGUCCAGACGAAGCACUCGGCACAUCCGUUGUCGGGAUCGCCGGUCCUAGUCGACCUGUGACGGCGGGGAUUGGCAACUACGACUCCGCUGCCCUCAGAAUGAUUGUCGAUGAUUUAUGUUUCAUGCAAGUGCUGUACAUCAUGACUAGUGUGUAUUAUUCAUUAUUCGGUGAAAGUCUGCCAGGUGCAGUUACCAGUGAGACGGGCGCAAAGGGAGGUGGCCAGGACUACCUGCUAGUGGAACUAAAAGAGGAGAACAGGGGGCAAACGGCGAGGAAACGGCGAGAUCGGUGGAUGUCCAUCCUGCAUCAGUCAUCGCCCAUUGCCCUGCUGGCCCGACACGCCAGCUAAUUGCAGGGCUCGAGGGACCGUGUCCGCCAAACGACUCGCAAGCAUACAUUACUAAUGGCGAUCCUGUGGGCUCAUGGUAUGUAUCAUAUGUACGGAGGAUCAAUUGAAGACUUUGCCAU